UACAAACAAAAGAUAACACCAAACUUACAUGCUUUUAUUUGCGAUUCAAAUACAAUAUCGGACGUUUAAACGAUCAGGUUUUUAUCGGCACUUAUUCUUAUCCCGGAUAUUUAAAUAUUUGAAAUGUAAAAAAAUAACUUUGUUGUUUCUAGAACACAGCUAGGUUUUUAAAAUGGCGAGGGAAAGUUCUGCUGUUAGUUUAUGUAUGAAGUACACCCUGUUCUUUGAAAACUUUAUCAAAUGGCUAUUGGGAUUAGCGGUUACAUCAUUGGGUGCUUAUAUCCUGGUGAUAAAGGACAAACAGGUUCAUGAUGCCAUUGACUUUUUCUUUGAUCCUUCAACGUUGAUGUGUACAGCUGGCUCUAUAACCGUGGUUGUUACCUUAUUUGGGUGGCUCGGUGCGCUGAGGGAAUACACAUGGUGCCUUCGUUUAUAUAACUGGAUCCUAGUCGUGUUUCUUCUUGGAGAAAUAGUACUUGUUGUAUUUGUGUUCGUCUUCUACUUUGUACCAAAUGCAAAAGAGGAAUUAGGAUUGUUCCCAUCUAAAACAUUCAAGGAAGCCGUCAAGAAAUAUGGCAUCGUAGAGGACGAGGAUAUGAAGAACCUAAUUGACAAUAUGCAGUCAUCCUUGGAAUGCUGUGGGUUCAGUGACACCGAUAAUGGAUUCUUGGACUGGAAUGAAAACGAAUAUUUUAAAUGCAAUUACACUGACUCAGUGAGUCACACCCAGAACCCAGAAGCAUGCUCUGUACCCCCAUCUUGUUGCAAACUCAGCCCGGGUCAGAUGAAGAAUGUUCUGUGUGGGAGAGACGUUAUGAUCAUGUCUAAGACUGGACAGUUAGAAGAAUCCACAAAGCAUGAUCCUAUAUACAAAAUAGGUUGUAUGAAAGCUGUAGGAUCAUUCAUAAAUGAUCAUGCGAUGACUAUAGGUGGAGUACUGCUUGGCAUAUUACUCCCACAGAUGUAUUUCAUGUAUGUAGCUCGAACACUGAGAGAACAAAUACUCUACCAGAAGUCCAAGUGGUAAAAUGAAAGCUGAUUUCUCAAAGACAAUACAAAUAUUAUUUCGUAGUGCGGGGGAAAAUUGUUUUCUUUGAAUUAUUUAUGUUAAUUCUUGCCAUAUUUUAUUCUGUGAUCAGUGUUAACUUACAAACAAAUGUUCAAAACCUGUUUAUGAGACAACGACAUUUGAUAACUGUGAAGUGUGUCUCGUACUAAUAGAUUUUAUCAAUGUCAAAAUAGACUUUAGAUUUUAUUCCAUUAUUUUGCAAUCUAAUUAUGCUUGCCUUUAAUUCUUGCAAAUGGAUUCCUUGGAUUUAAACAUAAGCCUUGUUAAAAUGUUAAUAAUUUAAUUCACAAAAAUAUCAGUUGUAAAUGUUGAAACCCGUUUUGCUGAAAUAGUAUACUUUAGAUAUCUGAGAUUAGA